UUUAAUACCCAGGCUUUGUCCUUUUGUCUACCCUCUUCAUUUGUAUCAUCCAAACUAAACAUGAGACUGGACGUGUCACACAUAACUGGGACCGUACUGGGAACUGCAUGCUCUCUCCUCUUUUUGACCUCUUUCAUACAAGGGCUGCUUGGCAUCGAUGUGUUACACCAUCAAACCAUGGAGGCAGUGGCGGGCCAGAGCAUCGACCUGCCAUGUAUCGUACAAAACUACACCUCUCUUAAUAUUGUCCAAGUUGAAUGGAGUAAGAUGAACAACACAAAGUUGGCUGUGUACAACUUAAUCCACGGAGGUUAUGUAUUCCAUCCCAAUGUCACUAUCUGGGCACAGAGGGCAGGGACAGACGAGCAGAGCACGCUGAUUGGCACCAAUCUGCGGCUGCAGGUGGUGGGAAAACAGGACAGUGGGGUCUAUAUCUGUGACAUCUCAACCUUUCCACUGGGAUCCAUCAGCACCAGCACCCAGCUAAAGGUCAAAGAUGUCAGUCAAAUUAAAUGCAACAUGAACAGCAGUUUUGAGGUCCACCGGGGGGAGAACGUCUCCAUUCGCUGCACGGUGGACACGUCCUCUGGUGCACAGUACUACAACUGGACAAAGGAUGAAAAGUUGCUGUCGGUGAACGAAUUUCUGCAGCUCAGCUGGGUGACUGACGCUCAUGCAGGAGUCUACAGACUGACUGUCGACACAGGAAACAACCAACUGCAAGCAGCUUUCAACAUCACUGUGCUGACGGCAACCUCCAACAUGGAGAGAGAUCUUAACACAUCAUCGGGUCCACCUCGUGUGACCGAUAGCCAUACCAUAUCACCCAGCACCAAGAGCCCUCAUCCUGCUAUCAGUGGAGCGUGGACCACGAAGAUGGACCCUAACGUGACAGCUGACGAACUUACGGCCACGACCUCAGAUGGAAAUCACAACACCUCUCUGAAUGUAUCAUCCUCUUUCUUAUCUGACCGAGUGAAUAUGGCCGUCACUGACCCCUCCACCAUGCCCUUAAACCCGGACCACUUGCAUAACUCCACUGAUGUGGCGGUCACCACGACCUCCAUCCCUUCUCCAUCAGUGUCCUACGAUCCAUCCACAGUCCAAUUACAGUCCUCUUCAAGUGACAUGAGCAUGCCGACUACUGUAGGAUAUGGUGGACCUGUGGAGAGGACCGGUGAUGAGACAGAGUCCAAGGGCACAGAAAAGAGCUCCUUCACAUUGACGGCAGAGUCCAGCACCCUGAAGACGACUGCGACGAAACCAGAAAAACCCACUGCAUCCACAACUCUAACCGAUGAAGACAGCAUCGGAGACAUGAUAGAAAAAGAUACUGGCCGCAGUCUGUGGUGGAUUAUCGUUCCAAUACUUGUAUUGAUUGUUCUGGCAGGGAUCCUCUACCGGAUAAGAAUUAUCCAGAAGAGGAUGGACAUGCCUCCUCCUUUCAAACCGCCUCCUCCUCCAGAGAAGUACACGUUGGUGUACACGCAACGCAGCCCGGUGAACCGAAAACAGCCACACUGCCAAUGGCAAGAGAUAUAGUUUUUAAUCUUUACUUUUGUUCAAAAGCAUAAACAAGCUAAUUUGACUUUGAUUUUUUUUUUGUCUUUUGCUGAAGUUGUGUCAUUGUUGUCAUAGCACUCGUGGUGUUUUUGUUAUUUAUGUCAAAUAAUGGUUUCUCAGUAGCUCUCUAUAGAAGGAAUUGUUUUUAUGCUGUGUUGUGAUAAAUCCUGUGUGUUGGAAGCAAAAUAAAUGUGCUGUUUGUUGUAAGUGUUGGGCUGAUCCUUUCCACACGUCCUGUCGGUUCACACUAUGGAGCGAGAGGCGUUGGUUGGUCUGCUCGGCGGGCCUCGAGGAGCUGCCUGCUAUUAGCAUUGGCUUGACCCUUUACCGUUACCGUUGACUUGGUCACACGACGUCGUUCGCUGUCGAUUCUGACCGGAGCAAGCCGGCAUCAGCGACCUCCGGAGUCCACCGGAACCACAGAAGAAAACUGGUCUCAAACCAAACCACCAAACCAAGUCAGCUGGUGGACCAGACACUUAACACAGCGGCACACAGGAAGUGUGUGUGUGUCUGUGUGUGUGUGUGUGUGUGUGUGUUUGUG